AUUUGUAACAGAGGAUCUCGCUCGAUUAUGUUAUAGGAAAUGUAGUGUAACAUAAUUUAGAAAAAAAUAUUCUGACACGAUCCGAUAUACUUUGCGGUCUUUCAAUAUCAAAGACAUAACCGUGAAACUGUCAUGUUUGCGAGAUUGAAGAAACCAAUAUCGCUGAACGUGGAAUUGUUGUACGACGAUCAAGUGCUCUCAUGGAGCAAGAGGAUCCUCGGCUUAUACGGUCUCUGGCCGGAUAAUCGGAACGACGUUAAAUUUUUCUUGUACAUUACGUAUGUCGUGAUAUUCACUUGGCUGGAGAUCGUGACGCUCUUGCAGAACAUGCACGACCUUGAGAAGUCGUUGAAAAAUAUCACAUUAUCGUUCCCGACCAUCUUGAUAGUACUGAAGGCCGUGAUGUUUCGACUGAACAUGCAUCUGGUGCUACCAUUGCUGGCAGUCGUCAGAAGGGAUGUAGAGGAAGGCUUGUAUCAGACGAAAGAGGAAAGGCAGACGGUGGUGUGGUACAACGUGGCCGCCACGUUAUUUACCACCUCGUCGGCUAUGUCUUUAUUCUUCGUGCCUAUGUUGUUUUAUGCGAAACCAGUCCUUGACUGUCUUUCGUCGAAGUUCAUCAAUUGUACUCUUCCCUAUGAAUUACCGAUGAGGGUGAAUUCUGUCUAUGAAGUGACGGAAAUGCGUCUAUAUACAUUGUUCUGCGUUUAUUUGAUACCUGUAAGCACGCUGUUGACUAUCGGUGCGACAGGCGCGGACAGUCUUCUGGUCACGUUGACUUUUCACCUGUGUAGUCAACUAUCCAUACUAUCGCAAAGAAUUAGGAAUAUGGACCUCGAACCACGAAAAUAUUUUCCAAAAAUGAGAGUACUGGUUGAACGACACACUGAACUUUUGCGAUUGGCAGGUAUCUUGGCGGAAACAUUCAGUUCUUUAAUGUUUGUGCAGACAUUAGGAUUGAUAUUUUCUUUGUGCAUCGUAGCCUACCAACUACUUACGACGAGCGAAUCUGGUCAAGAUAUGAACACGAUACAUUUUGUUAUUUACUCUUGCGCUGUAAUAUUGUUAGCAUUUUGCUACUGUUUCCUUGGGGAGUGUCUAAUUGCCGAGAGUAGUGAAAUGCAGACCGCUUGCUAUUUUACCAAUUGGUACGAGCUGCCAGACGAGUAUGCAAAAUGUUUAAUGUUUUGCAUAGCCCGAUCGCAGAAACCAUUGUAUCUAACUGCUGGAAAAUUCUAUGUGUUUUCAUUGGAAACAUUUGGCGUCAUAAUGAAAGCAUCGAUGGCAUACCUAUCCGUUAUGAGAGGUAUCAUGUAGACGACUGUAGUACCUCUAUGAACAUACUUAACGUGCAAAGGCAGUCGUUUGUAAUACAAAUUGUUAUUGAUUAUCUGGUUGCUGUAAAAAGAAGGUUUACAUUAAAAUAAUUGAAGGCUGCGAUACAAGUACGCCUAAAAAUUACAAGUGACAUUUAUGGUAAUUAGUUGAUGUCAAAUGUAACGUGACUAUUAAACGCACAAUACAUUCUCAUUUUACUUGAGUCAAAAUGCGAAUGCAGAACAUGACCGAUACAAAUUUUA